UACAAAAUGGCUACCAUCGCAUGUCAACACUUGACAAAUUUUGGAUUCAACUUCAUCAAAACCAACAUUUUAAAUCGUUUUCUUAAAUUAAAUUUUUAAAACUAUUCAUUUGAUGCCAACAUGAAUUUUUCGGAGCUAUUUAGACAGUCGGGACAGCUUUGUAUUUUUUCUCCGGAUGGAAAAUUUUUGGCUAGUGCUGUGGAUUAUAGGCUUGUAAUAAGAGAUGUUGAAACUCUUCAAAUUCAGCACCUGUUUUCCUGCCUUGAUGAAAUACAAUCAAUACAGUGGUCAGGAGAUUCACAGUUUAUACUCUGUGGAAUGUUUAAAAGAGGAAUGGUUCAGGUUUGGUCACUUGAGGUACCAGAUUGGCAUUGUAAAAUAGAUGAAGGCUCAGCUGGCCUUUGUUCUGUCGUGUGGGGUCCAGACAGUCGGCAUAUUUUAACCACUGCAGAUUUUCAUUUACGGGUAACAGUCUGGUCUUUGGUUACAAAAUCAGUGUCAUACAUCCGCUAUCCCAAACAAUGUUCUAAAGGUCUAGACUUCAGCAGAGGUGGCAAAUAUAUGGCCCUAGCUGAACGCAGGGAUUGUAAAGACCAUAUCAGUAUAUUCUCAUGCCAGUCAUGGUCACUUAUUAGGCACUUUGAAAGUGAAACAGACGACCUUGCUGGGUUGGAAUGGUCACCAGAUGCCAGGGUAUUGUGUGUGUGGGAUUCUUGCCUUACGUAUAAGGUGCUCUUAUAUUCAUUGGAUGGUCGGUGCCUUUCACGCUUCAGUGCUUACGACCUUGCCCUUGGGGUCAAGACGCUAUCCUGGUCACCGUCUAGCCAGUUUCUGGCUGUGGGUAGCUAUGAUGAAAAGAUCCGGCUGUUGAACCACAUCACGUGGAAAACUGUGGCCACCCUCUCCCACCCUGAGAUCAUCGACGGCAAAAACAUAGUAGUUUAUAAAGAGUCAGAGACAAGGACGCCAAGUGCACCUGAUGACCUGAGUAGAAGUACAACAGCAGCCUUGUUUACACCACAGAGUAAAUAUGAGGUGGCUGCCUGCCCAGUGCAAGUACCAGUGACCAAACCUGCCCCUAAUAAAGCCAAUCCAAAAAUUGGCAUUGGUAGCUUGGCCUUUAGCCAUGACAACAAGUACAUGUUUAGUAGGAAUGAUAAUAUGCCAUGUGUGCUGUGGAUCUGGGAUGUGAGACGACUAGGCCUGUGUGCUGUUCUAAUCCAGGCUAACCCUAUCAAGUCUGUGAGCUGGGAUCCGAGCCGUCCCCGACUAGCCCUCAGCACAGCAAACAACAAACUCUUCAUGUGGUCGUCUAAUGGAAGUCUUUCUGUUGAAAUCCCUGUGGAAGGUACUUUCAUGAUUCACCAUCUGCUGUGGCACCCAGAAGGGGAUUCAAUCCUCCUGAUUGGGAAGGAGCAAAUGUGUGUUUGUUUUUUGGCACCAACUGAAGUGAAUGUCUCCGCAGUCCACAACACAAGUACUAUCAACAACACGGAGGAAAAGUCUUACAAUAGCAACAAGAAUGAUAAAAAUAGCAUAACAGUAGAAUACUUAAAGUCCAGUCAUGAUUCUAAUAACAAUGAAUGAGCACAAGAUUAACUAAGAUGUUAUCCAUUGUGUAUUUUUUUUUUAUUAUGCAUUUGUGACAAUAGGGAGAAAUAGUAUUUUUCCCUUUCUAAAAUUAAGUGAAUACAUAAUUCAUUAUCUUCACCAUUCCAUUUUACUUAAGCUAUGGUAAAUGUUAACUAUACAAGCAAUAUAUGCAUUUAUUUAUUUCAGUCUAUAACUAUAAUUCAGUGAAAAUAUGAUUUUCUAUUACAAGAACAAUUAACUUUUAUUUAACUAUGCAAGGAAAUGUUUUAUAAGAUUGCUUCCUCACUACAUGCUGUUAUUUAGUUUGAUGCUUUGAAAACAUUUUUUUAAAUAUAUUUUCUUCUCUUGCAACUUUAAUCUAACCAAAUGUGCCGAUGAUAGCUGCAUAUAUUUUUCAAUUUUGUAAAUAUACAAUUAAAUUUUAAGUUUGUAUGAAAUUUAUAUUUAGUUUUUCAUAAUGUUCAUAUUGAAUGUAGAUUACAGAUUUAUUUU